GACAUUCGAGACUACAUCAUAAAAACGCGGGAAUUAAGCAAAUCAAGAACGUGGGAAAAAUAGGCAUCCAUACAUUUCUCUGUCUAGUUAGCAGUAAAAUUGGAGCACAAUGGUCAGGACAAAAGCCAGUUGUUCUACAGUGAAAGCUGUUGCAGCAAAAGCUCCAAGAAAAGCACUGGCAGCUGUCCCUGCUUCUGCAGAUAGUCCAUCAUCAACAGGAAAGGGGAAAUAUGCGGGUGGCAAUCCAGCACACCCAAGGCCUACACCAUCUUGGCAGAAAGGAUUGGAUUCAUUUCUACUCAGAUCACCAAGUGGGAAAGGAAAGGAGAACAGAGAUGACGAAGGGCCAAGUGCAUCAACAAGUUCAGGAAAUGAGAACAAGGCUAAAUCAAAACUCCCUACCAAAAGCAAAGCAACAAGAGCAGUUAGUGACAGUGGCAGUGAUGAUGAAGUGAUUCCAGAAAAGAAACCUCUAAUUGAAAGUGAUGAGGAUGAGUGAUUUGUUGCUUAUAUUGGUAAAAGUAAAUAUUAGCGAAAGCUGAAGUGAGAUCUGUGUGCAGAUCAGUGAGCUAACCAGGCAUGUUGAGCAACACUCCGCUUGAAAGAAAUUAUGGACACAUUUCAUCAUUCUUGUAUACUGCAAGAAUCCAAGUACUGCAGGGAUUUGGAAUUUAUGCUAAUAGUUUUUGUACCUCUCCCCCAAUCCAAUAAAUAAGGGAAGGGGGGGGGGGGAGUAUAUGGAAACCAGGUUGUCCGUCCACCUGUACAUAAUCAUUAAGCAAUUUCCCCAUGAUUCAUAAAUGAUUAAAAACAAACUAUCUACGCAAUAACAUAAUUAAAUGUCUCUCUAGGACCUGUUAUACAAUUUUAUGCCAAAUUCUGUAGCAUAUUAAUGGUGCAUCGUGGUAUAUAUUUUUCAAUGUUUAAGCACAAUUUUAGAAUAUUUAAAAUGUGGACUUUGAAGUUUGUACUCACUAUUUUCAAUUUAGUCUGUCCCCCCAACAAAGGUCGUUUAAUUUCAAUAAAACCUUUUUAUGAAUUUGCACAUUGUUUAAAGUAUAUCUAUGUACCUGGGUAUUCGGCACACGGUCUAGGAUUCUCUUCAGGUCUAUCCAGAUGUAUCAAUAACCUGUUAAUGUGACUAUUUGAGGAGCUGGAGUCUCAGAAUUUAUUGUCAUAUAUCAUUACUGUUUAUUUUUCCCCAAAGCAGUGCUGGGGGUAUUAAUGGCAUUUCGAUAUAGAUCGUUUUUGUACAUUUAGAAGUUGUCAAAGUAGUCGAUAGUUUGUCAUUCAUUAUGUCACUUGACAGUCUAAGGUUUAGUGUUUUGAAGAUGACACAAGUGUUAUUGACAAAACUUUUUAAAAAGCUUCACUUUCAAGCUAAAUGAUAAUUUCAACUAAUUACUGAUAUUAAAUGUAGUUUAAAUGGGAACAAUUUUACAUCAGCAAAGUGCAAAUGACUAUUUCUUCUUUAAAUUGGAGACUUACUUUAAAUUUAAGACUUGACAAGUUGUUGGGCGUCUCGUAGCAGCAAUUGGGUUAUUUUAAUACCAUUGUUGGCAGUGGACCAAGUCGACCUCAUUUGCAUCACACUUGUGAUCCCACACUUGAAACUUGUGGACUAUCCUCAGAGUAUUCUUAAUCUCAGUGAAUUGUAAAUAUGUCAUUUUGAAAAUAAAUUCUUUUAUACAAUUACA